UUCUUUUGUGUCUUAUUUCUUUCACGCUUCAGCCAUGAAGUAAUCAACAUCAAUCUGAAGAACAAACCUGACUGGUUCUUCGAGAAGAACCCCUUUGGGCUGGUUCCUGUUCUGGAGACCAGCAAGGGCCAACUGAUCUAUGAGUCUCCAAUCACUUGUGAGUAUUUGGAUGAAGCAUUUCCAGGGAAGAAGCUGAUGCCCUCAGACCCAUAUGAGCGAGCCUUUCAGAAGAUGCUCCUGGAACACUUCUCAAAGCUAUCACCUAUAGUCUUCAAGUAUUGUGUUGCAGUCAAAGAUGGACAGGACGUCUCAGCACUGAAAGCAGAGUUUGUUGAAAAGCUUGGCAAACUUGAAGAGAUGCUGUCCAAAUGCAAUACUGUGUUUUAUGGUGGGGACUCCAUCUCCAUGUUUGACUAUAUGAUCUGGCCCUGGUUUGAACGUCUGGAGGCAGUUCAGCUGCAGGAGUUAGCACUGUGUUUGCUCCCAGCACCCCAGUGGGAUGGAAGCUGCCCGUUGAGCCAGCUCAUGGGAGACGUCAUGCAGAAGAGCUACAUCUUGAAACAAGAGUUUCUAGGUUCAUCUGAGUCAGAGAGGCCUGUUUCAGUGCCAACAGGGUCAGUCGCACGGCCUGCAUCGGACAUCCUGCUCAACAGGUCUGCUGCGGACAUUCGGAAGCAAUAUUUUCUUCCCGAGGUCACCAUAUCAGGUAUUUCCAUGGAAAUGUUGAUGCUCAUCCUGUGUACAGGAUUAGGGAGACCUCCCUUCCCAUACAUAGGCAGCCUAGGGGCGGAUAAGGACGUGAACAGCGCAGACGUUGUUCAGGAGGCAGGUGCUACCAUGCACUCUCAGGUCCAGCAAAGCCGGUAUGUUGUGGGUUCUGGGACACCCUACAGCAAGGACUUCCAGAACUCCAAGUGAGGACAGGUUUUGCCACUGUCACUCUGAGCAGAUGGGUGUCUGACUUAUUCUGGGAAGGACAGGGAGUUUUCCUCACAUCUUCCAGUCGUUCGCUAUCUUUGCCAUUAGGAAGCUUUUUGUCAUGCCUAGUUAAAUCUUCCUUGCUGCGGUUUGAACCCCUAACUUCCAGUUACCGCUGUGGGUAAGAGAAGGACAGACCGUUUUUUUUCUCUUUGCAGUAGAACUUAAGAUACUGCCAGAUUGUCCCCUCUGCUCCUGCCUCAGCCUUCUCUACAUACAGGUGCAUUUUUAAAAUGUUUCCAUAAAAGCCCAUGGUCCCUCUUCCCCCUGCCCCUAAAGCCUAGACAGAAGAGUUGUCUCAUUGUGGCACAGGAGGAGUUAUUUGCCUUCUAGGGCUCUUUUCCAAAACCCAAAGAAAUGCGGUACCUGUUAGAUUUUCAGUUUCAUCACUGAGUUUGGAGGGUUUAUCUGGAUAUUUAUAAAUCACCAUUUCUCACAUGCCACUGACAAGAACAUGAUUCUGGUCUCUUUCGGCUUCAGAAGCUAGGAGCCACUGUCAAGGAUGGGUAUAAUAGCUGUUAAAUAAGCGCAAAACCAAGUCAUGCCCCUGAAACACUUGCUGUUUCUUUGAAAGGGUGGCAACAAGAGGGGACGUACAUGAAGGCCAUAAGACAAAGCUAUUAGCGCGGUGAGUGUGUUUCUCAGUAUCCUGAAUGAUGUCUGAAUGUGUUUUUUGCCUUUUGACUGGGCAAUGCCUCAGGUCCCCCCUGCUAUGGCUGAGAAGGGUUUUUACAAAUUGGAAUGUGCUGCUGGCUGUGAGGGAAGCAUGAAGGGAAAGGUAGGAAGUCUGUAUGUACUCCCACCCACGUACUUAGCUGUUGUGGUAGGAUUCCAGCCAGGAACAGCUUGGCUUUUCAAGCCAAGUAAGUUUUGCCUUUUAAUUGUGAGGAAAACAACUGGAGCAGACCAAACUUUUCUGUUUUUAGGAGGAAACAAAAAUCUCACUGGAAAAAAAAAAAGUUGGCUCACCAAUCUCACCAGCUCCCUCCCCCUCAAACCAAAUGGGAUAGGCGCGAAGACAAUAGCCGCUCCUUCCCUUGCACAUUCUUUCAGCAGUGCAGAUGGACACAAAUGACAAUAACCCCCCAUUGCUUUAUUGAAAGCCUGAUAAUAUCAACUGCAACAUAUGGAGCAAUGUCACAGCACACAUGCCCUCUGCCUCACACAGGAGGACCCACUCUGACUGUUGCUCUCUGUCGUGGAACUUUUCCCUUUGCACAUGUAGGCAGCUAUGGCUCCUUGAUCUGAAGCAGUCACCUCACAGAAAGAGAAGUAUGGGGGGAGGUGGUGAGAAUACAAAAAAGGGUUCAAUUGCCAAGAUGCUUCAUUAAAUCUACCCUCCUUUUCCCCAGUUAACUCUCAAAAGGGUGGAGAAAAUCUAACCAGCACAGUUAAAUCAGCCAGCGGUUACUCUGUCUCUGCCCAUCCUAAAGUUAAUCAAAGCAUAUUCCCUGUAUCCCUGCCCAUCCAGCUUAACUGUAUAUUGUAUAUCCAUUGAAAUGAAUGCUUCAGUAUUCAAAGGGUUGGAGGAAAUAUCAUUAGAAAGCUGGUUUCCCAGCAGGGAUACACCAUUCCAGCACAUCCCAGAAAAGCACAUGUGGAUACUGGCACAGCUCAGACAUGACUCGUAGAAUGAUUGUUUUACAUGUGAAGCUACAAGGUCUCAUUUCAGCCAUUAACAACAAGCAUUUAUGUAUUGCAGACUGUAGAAAGUCUUAAGUUGCCACAUACUUCCACACUGAGAUGUUAAACCAAAAUACAGCAAAAAAAAAUUGUCAUUGUGGGCUCGGUAUUUGGUUGAUUCAGGAUCAUCUACUCCAUCAUAGUCUUGAAUCAGUGAUAAAUUAACACAGCCAUGUCAGGCCCAAGUAUCUAGUUAAACAGGGCUCAAAAACAUUGGAUAGGAUGGGUGGUUUGUAUGAUAUCGGACUAUUGUUUUGAUAACUAGUUACAGCUGUUGGUAUUCAAACAGAGGGGGGGAAGGAACAGUAUUAAAAAGCUGGCUAUUAGAGCAAAAACAUCACCACAAAAAUGAAAAGCAAUGCUUUAUGCCAUUUCAUGAAAUCCUGGCUUUUACGUAAAAGAUAUCGUAGCUCCCCAAUAAGGUAAAAAACAUUGAAAAUACUGCAGGGAUGGGUAGAGGGUGGGGAGGGAGACAGAGCAAGAAAGAGCACUCUUAGGGUAGUGUCUUGCUUCCUCUGCUCUCACUGGGAUAACUGCCCUGAUCUAAGCAGAGGCACUCCACAUGACACACCAGUGUAUGCAGGAAGAAUCAGGCCCCCUUAUUUCACCGAUGACUCUACAAAUGAACAGAAGAAACAGCAUGAAUGCUUUCAGAAGCAGUAAGCCCCUUCUUGCCUUACUAAUCACAAACCUAAAAACUGCCAAGAGGCACAUGCACGCACAAAUAUGUUGGCUGCAGAGUAUUGCUGGCUAACCCUGGUUUUUAAAACUAGUUUGAAUCAAUACAAGCCAGAAGAGAAAAUAAAAGCCAUACAAGUAAGCAACACUCACUUCCGUACAGUGUUUCCAUGAAGUAUCUGAGCUGCUUUCACUCUAGGGAGUGAGUCAGAAACCAGCCUAUUACUACAUGCACCCAUAAGGUAUAUAAUAAUUUUCUGCUCUUUGCUCAAUCCCAACAAAAGAAGCCAUCGUUAGGCUCUUCCUUUCCCUAAACAGUUUGCAAACUGAAUGCUGGGAAGAACAGCUCGAAGAAAACCUUCAUGGGAUAAAAGUGAUGCAACAUUCACUGUUGUAGCAAAAGUACUGAGCACACACGUGAGGGCUGUGAAGCUGUUUUUCAUUUGGGACAUGUGUGUGGUGAACACAAAGGCUUGCUUCCUUUAAAACAUAAGCACAACAAAGGAAGGCUUUGUUUGAAAGCCAAGGGACGGCCUCUCUGCCACACUCAAAAUCUAAUUUACAGCGCAAUGGGAACUGUGAGUCAUAGCUGUGGGGCCCUUGCUCAUGGGCACAAAAAUCCCCCUUGCUAGAGCAGUCAAGGAGCUUAGCUUAGGAAUGAUGACAGCUUAAAGCUCCACAUGGGUAUCUGAAAGCUUUGAGGAUAGCAGCAAAUGCAAGACUGAGCUAAGAACAUGCGUUCUGGAUGACUUAGGAUGCAGACGUAUCCCUCUCAGUUGACAAUUCCUCCCACAACUCCUGAGUUUGAGAUCGCAACCAGUGCUUGUUCCAAGUGUGAAGUACCUAUGGCUCAACAAAGAGGUUGGCUGGACUUCAGGCAGAACUUUCAGACUGCCUUUCAACUUUGGCUGCAGAAGAGGGUGGCCUUGAUACUCAGACUGAGCAUAACCAACUCUCUAGGUAGACCCACGGUAAAGCUCUAUAUCCUUAAGUCAUCUAAAGUGGCAGAUAUUUUACGUCACCGUUCCUUACACCUUAUUACACCGUUCCUUACACCGUUCCUUACUUGCAGCUGAGGCGAAUACCCAUAUCAUUAUCUUAUCACUUAUCACACCAGGGGAGGGUUUGCUGAUGUAUUUCAGCUAUGCAAAAAGUAGAAACCUAGCUCAUCCUUCCCCCUACCAGCCUUUGCGAAGAGAUAAAUGUCGUCUUUAGUUUUAUGAAUGUAUUGUGAUCUGCAGCUUCAGAAGUAGUGUACUACAGAAAAUUCCAGUGAAAUCAUCUGAAAACAGUGGCAGUCAAGUACCUGAACAAUCAAGAGUAAAUGAUUUGGGAAAUAAGCAUUAAAAAACGAUAUACAUUUAUAUAUAUUUGGAUGCAGAUACACACACAAGCAUAAGCCCCUCUUGGAAGCACUGUAUUGUAAACACUUAAGUUUCACAGGAGGCUUGAGAACAUCUCCUUAGCUCCGUCUCUGGUCUAUAUUAACAUUCUACAGGGGCCUAAAAACUGGGAUAAAAGAGCUCUCAAGAAGCGACAAAGUCUCUCCCCCUGCCUACAGAAGGGCCUAUGCUGCCUGAAUGGUUUCCGGCAAUUUUUUAUCUACUUUGUUCUGAAAAGCUUCCAGCAAAACACCAUCUCUGUUUCACGAGACAGUCUAGACUAGUGCUUAACUACCUUUCCCUGUAGGAUUUUCUCCUAAUCACUGCACGCACUUUUUCUGAAGAGAGGCAUAAGCCCUGAUGAGGUUCUGGCACAUAUACAUGGCAUUUUGUCCUAGGGAGCUGCUUCCUUCCCCACAGGCAACAUGGGAACUUUUUGCUCCCACUCCCUAAUCAGGUGCUCACCAAGCACCACCAAAUCCUCUGUGAUUUUGAAGAACUGAAAGCAAAGGUCUCUGGCCUAGAGAGGUAGAUUUUCAUUGUUUUCAUUUGCUUUUGUCUAUAAACAGUGAAUUUUCAAGUGGUGGCACCACCAUCCCUUAGGGCAAUCCAGGGAAAGAUGCAGCUGGUGACACAGCUGGCUCAGCUGACGUCUUAC